AUGGCGAAAAUAAUUCCAGCUCUCGAAAAGCAUAUGCGGGUGGUAACAAACUGGGAAUGCGUACAUGUCGACAUAUCAAACAAGCGCGCACAGACAUAUGAAGCCAUCAAAAGGGUGAACCAGAAAGGGGAAGGUCAUUUAAUGACGGGUGUCAUUAUUAUGGUCGACGAUACUGCUAUCUGGCACGAGAACUUCUUGGAAGCAACUCUUCCAGCUUUCAAUGACCCAAACGUUGGUCUUGUCGGUACGCACAAGUCGGUCAGAUACAUCCGCCUUGGCGACAAUCCAACCACCCCUUUCGCGUCUCAUACGGAUCACACGCAAGAAGAUGCUCUCCAACGAGAAAUCGAAGAACUCGAAGAACGUCGUAGGAUUGCGAAGAUGGGCAAACUGGAAUACUGCAAGGAGUGGUAUUUGACAGGCAUGUGGAACACCAUCGGCGCGCUGUAUCUGAUGCGCCACAGCUACGAGACGGAGGCGUCUAACACCGCUGAUGGUGGCGUUUUUGCCGUGUCUGGUCGAACCAUGCUCAUCCUGACGUCGAUAGUAAAGGACCCAGAUUUUAUAAAGGAGUUCCAGGAGGAGUAUGUUGGGGAGAUCGUUUUCAAGUGGCUGACGAGGUUGAUCAAAUGGCGUGUUCCACUCAUGGAUACGAUACUCGCUCGCUUCGAAUCCAUUGGUCUAACGAAAAAAGGCGUCGGACCACUGCUUGCGGAUGACGACAAUUUCAUCACGCGGUGGGUCAUUAACCAUGGCUAUAACAUCAAGAUUCAAUCCUCACCUGAAGCAACCAUAUCCACGGUGUUGGGGAGCGUGAAGACGUUCAAGUUCAUAGACCAGUGCAAACGCUGGAGUCGCACAACCUUUCGACAAAACCCAAUAGCGCUCUUCUUUGAUCGAACCAUCUGGUGGAAGUGGCCGAUCUCGGUAUGGACUGUGUACUUCCCGUGGAUGUACAACGGGGCUCUGUUCUGGGAUAGUGCGGCAGUCCUUACCUUCUGGUAUUCGAGCCUUUAUCUCGACUCCCCGAGCGGCAAUGCGCGAUUUUGUUGCCUGAUCCUCUUCAUGUGGUUCGCCAAACUCAACAAGACCUGGCCAUGGUUCUGGGAGCAUCCGCUGGACUUUGUAUUGUACUUCAUCAUCCCGGCCUAUCCUUUGUUCACUUACUACCACACCUUACUCAAGUUCGCAACAGCGAUCACUUGCUGGAACAACGAAUGGUCUGGGAGGGAUGUGAAGGACGCAGAAAGAAUAGCAGGACCAGUGCCACCCGAGGUGGCAGAACGGGCGGCAAAACAAGCGGUAAAGAAUCUGACAAAAAGAAGGAAAAAGUAG